AUGUCGCUUAUGCAGAGCACUCCGUUCAUCGUCGACGGCAAGGGUCACCUCCUCGGCCGUCUUGCCUCGAUCGUGGCCAAGCAGAUCCUGCUAGGCCAGAAGGUGGUUGUGGUGCGCUCCGAGCUCAUUAACGUCUCGGGCAGCUUCUUCCGCAACAAGUUGAAGUACCACGCUUUCAUGCACAAGCGCCACCUUGUGAACCCCCGCAAGAGCGGUCCCUUCCACCACCGUGCUCCUUCGCGCAUCCUGCACCGUGCUGUCCGCGGUAUGAUUCCUCACAAGACGGCGCGUGGUGCCGCUGCGCUCCAGCGUCUGAAGGUGUACGAAGGUGUGCCUCCGCCCUACGACCGCAAGAAGAAGGUCGUUAUCCCAGAUGCCCUCCGUGUGCUGCGUCUCAAGCCGGGCCGCAAGUACGCUACGCUCAAGCGCAUCUCGUCUGAGGUCGGCUGGAAGUACCAGGACAUUGUCGACAAGCUCGAGGCCAAGCGCGUCGUCAAGCAGCAGGCCUUCCACGAGCGCAAGUCGGCUGCCACAAAGCAGCGCGCUGCUGCCGCCACGGCUGCUGCCUCGCAGCUCGAGCCCAUCAACAAGCAGCUCGAGGCGUACGGCUACUAA